AUGACACCACGAGUGCUCAAGACGCUGGGGAAGGGCGCCCAUGCCAAGCUCGCCCGGCACAAGCUGACAGGCACACUGGUGGCUAUAAAGAUCAUCAAGCGCAAGAGCUUCAAACACAAGAGCUUCGUGUCGCUGGAGCAGGAGGUGCUCAGCUUGAAGGUGCUCAGCCACCCGCCCAUUGUCCAGCUCUUCCAGGUAGUGGAAAGAAGAAGCAAUCUGGUGCUGGUAAUGGAAUAUAUGGAGGGCGGUGAUCUGUUGAGCUACCUGCAGAGCACGGGCGCCUGUAGGAGAGUGAAGCCCGGAGAAAGUUCUGCCAGAUUCCUGUCGGCGCUACACCACUGCCAUACCAAGGGCAUUGUGCACCGGGAUCUGAAGCCUGGCAACCUGUUGUUGGAUCAUCAGGGGAACAUUAAGCUGACAGAUUUCGGGCUCAGCAUGCAGUUCUCUGACCAACUGCUCACAACAUACUGUGGCACCCAGGAGUACGCUGCCCCUGAGAUGUACCUUCACCGGCCUUACCAUGACCCUGGAGCAGACAUUUGGAGCCUCGGGGUUGUGUUGUAUCAGAUGGUGACUGCAUCACUGCCGUUCUUGGGUAAGAACUUCUGGGAGCUUGGGGAACAUAUAGUAAGUGGCAAUUUUUACAUGCCCGACUACCUGUCUGCCCAGUGCCAAGACCUAUUAAGCAGGAUGAUGGUGCUUGACCCCCAGAAACGGGCAAACAUGGACACCAUCAUUGACCAUCCCUGGGCGAAAAAGAGUAAGGGACUCCUGUCUCUCAGAGAGCACUCUCACGACCACGUUGACCUGGCCAUGAUAGAGCACAUGGUGACUCUUGGGUUUAAAUGGGAUCAGGUGCACAGAGCGGUGGCUGAGCAGAGGUAUGGUUACAUCAUGGGCAUCUACUUAAUACUGUGCUCCACAAAGCAGGAGGAAGAGGAGAAGAAGGAACAGGCCAGAAUAGUCAUGUCAGGACCAGAGCACAAGACCAGCUCCGUUCCAGUCCCUGAAUUGGAAUAUCCCAAAGAAAACAAGUCCCCCUCUGUUCCAGUCCCUGAGCUGGAUGAACAAGAGGAGCACAAGAUCAUGUCUGUGCCAAGCCUGGGGCUGGAGGUCCCCAGAGAGCCCAAGACAACCUCUAAGCCAGUGACCCAGUUGGAGCCCAGGGAACACGAGAGCCCUUCCUUGCCAUCCGCCAAGCUGAAGGACUUCAGGGAGCAUGAGAACACCUCCAUGCUGGCCCCCCAAUUGAAGGACCUAAAUAAGCACAGAACUACUUCCAUGCCAGCCACGCAUCAGGAUGAACCCGGUGCUCCUUUGACCACCUCCGUUCCAGUUUCUCAGGUGCAGAAACCCGUGGAAUCCAGGACAUCUAUGCCAGCACUCCAAAUAGAGGACUUCGGGUUGCAAGAGACCACCUCUGUGCCAUCUGCCCUGCUGGCGUUUCCUGGGGAGUUUGAGAACACCUCCUUGCCAACUGCCCAAAUGGAGGAUCCCUGGGAGCCCGGGACUACCUCUGAGAGAGGCCUUCAGCUGGAGGACAACAGGGAGCCUGACACUACCUCUGAGACAGGCCCCCAACUAGAAGACAAUGGGGAGCCUGACGCUACCUCUGAGACAGGACCCAAACUGGAUGACCGUGGGGAGUCUGAGACUAGAUCUGAGACAAGUCCCCCGCUGGCGGACCACGGGGAGCCCAACACUAACUCUGAACCAGGCGGUCAGCUUGAGGACCCCGGAGAACCUGAAACUACCUCUGUGACAGUCCCGCACCUGGAUGACCAUGGGGAGCCCAAGACUACCUCUGAGACAGGUCCCCAGCUGGAGUAUGUGGACCAUGAAAUAACACCUGUGCCAAGGCCCCAGCCAGAGUUCCCUCCAAUGCAUGGGGUCACCUCUCUGCCAGCACUCCAGCUACAGGUACCCGAGGAGCACAAGUCAAUCUCUGUUCCGUGCCCCCACCUUGAGGACCUUCAGGAGAACAUGACCACCUCCAGUCCAGCGUCCCAGCUGGAGGGGCAUGUAGACACUAAAAUCAAAACCUGCAGCCCAGUCCCCCAGGUCCCCAGGAUGACCCAGGCACCUGCCCCACAACAUGACUGGCUCCACAUCUUCCGGAGUAAUACAGUAACUCCGGAGAGCAGAGAACAGCGUGCUGUUGCUGCUGCAUCCAUAGUGAAGCCACCUAGUGGCCUUGGUGAACUGAAGCAGAGCAGCAGGAUGGUGCCUGGAGAGGGGACAGGUGCUGUGCAGAAGAGGGUCCAGUGUGCAGGAAAAGGGUGCUCCUCAGCCUAG